ACAGUCAUUCAGUGUCUACUUUUACCAGUGUCUUACGUGCAAUUAUUACUUCAGUUUUUGUUUUUUUGUAAAUUUUAAGUGAAGUCAAAACAAUGGGAGUACAGUCAAUUUGGUUAACCGUAGUCGUGCUUGUGUUUGUGGAUAGCAGUCUGGCCAAUCCGCUGUUGGAAGGUGGAAUUACUGGCCGAACAUUGUCUACACCGAAUAUGAAAUGCAACACACGGUCUUCAGCUAAACGAGUCACACUGUCUCAUUCAGUCAUUUACGAUUCAAAUUCUCAAAAUUGUGCAUACACUAUACGAGCAUUCAGUACUAGAGUCUGCCAGCUUCGCGUCGACUUUCUCUACUUUGACUUAGACCAACCGACUGCGUCGAGACGACCGUAUGCUUCUUGUGAAGGCGACCAUUUAACAAUCAAUGGAUUGAAUUUUGAUUUGUGCGGAAUACUGGUCAAUCAACACGUUUAUGUUCCCUUUGAUGUGCAACGAUUAACCGAUGAAUUGGUUCUCGAUUUUCAAAUCGGAUCCAAUAAAUUUGCCAUAUGGAAUAUGGAAGUUAAUCAAAUCGAAUGCAGUCAUAAAGCGGCUCUUGUUACGCCUGAUGAACGACAAGCUCCCGAUGGAUGUCUCCAAUAUUUUUACCAUUCAAAUGGUCAAGUUCAAUCAUUCAACUUUGGACAUAAUUACUUCGGCAACACUCAGUACGCCAUUUGCUUCAAUCGAAAUUACAACCCAAAUGCCAUCCUUGAACUUGAAGGAAUAGAUUUCAACAUGGACGGCAAUCUGGGAGGAGGAACUCCUCCAGGUUUCGACAACGAUUGUUUAGAUUCAAGUGGUGCGGCCGCCAACAAUAAAAAGGACUACAUUGCCAUUCCGUUCGCUGCAGUUACUGACCCGGCUGGUCCAGUUGUAUAUCACAGCUUAUUCUGUCUGCAGAGUCUCGACAGCAAAAUACUCGAAUUCUCUGGAACCGGUCCUAUGGUCAUUCACGUUAAUACCGACCAAAUAACUGACGCAACUGCGAAUGAAGAAGGAUUUCGUUUUCGAUACCAAGUCAGAAGGCGAUGAGAAGGACAAGAGGUUUAAACGGAUUUCUGACUUGGCCUGAUCAAUUAUUAUAAUAAAGAUGCAAUUACUGACCCA